UUUUUCUACUCAGUGAAUUUUACAAGAGGUCUGUCUAAAAUACUAUUUUUGAUAUUUUUUUAUGUGCAAAAAUAUUCUUGAUGGUUAUUAUAUGGUACAUAGCGCCACCUAACGGUUGACUGGUAUAUAGCGGGGUUGUGGUUGAGGACUCUUAUUUUGAAACUGACCGGAUAUCGUCGCUGGUGCUGAGUCUGUCUGCAGUCUGCAGACGCGCAGAGAUUGUGGAAAACACUGCUUUGAUUCCGUGUUUUUAUAAACUGCUCUCAACGCGCCUGGCGGUCUGAGGUACGGUGUUAGACAAAAGCAUGGCAGACCCGGCCCGUGUGAAACCCGUCGUGGGGGUCAGCGAGGCGCCUGCAGAGAGACCCACACAGAGCGAGGGGUCCAGGGACGCUCCGGGGAGCAGCGGUAAAGUCUCUGAACCCGCUGCUGUCCAGUCCACUACCAGAGAGCAGGGCAAAGCGAGGUCUGCUGAAGAAGCCGCUGCUGCUGGUGAAGAAGAAGACGGAUCUUCAUCGCUUCAUCCUCCCCCUGCUAAAAAACUGAAAGUGGAGCAUGACAAGAAGAAGGAGAAACGCCAUAAAGUUGAUGAAGAUGAAAUACAAAAGAUGCAAGUCCUAGUGUCCUCAUUCUCUGAAGAGCAGCUGAAUCGCUAUGAGAUGUACAGACGCGCUGCUUUCCCAAAGGCAGCUAUUAAACGACUGAUUCAGUCCAUCACAGGAUCUUCUGUGUCUCAGAAUGUGGUCAUCGCCAUGUCAGGGAUUGCCAAGGUGUUUGCCGGGGAGAUUGUUGAGGAAGCUCUGGAUGUGUGUGAGAAGUGGGGAGACACGCCCCCCCUGCAGCCCAAACACAUGAGAGAAGCUGUCAGGAGACUGAAGAGCCGAGAGCAAGUUCCCAACACCAAACACAAAAAAAUCCUCUUCCACUGAGCUCCAGUCCCUCUCGUGACUCUCCUUCUGUUUGAAAAGACUCUCUGCUGGUAUUAUUGUGGGGGAGCUGUUUCAGAUAUCUGAGUGUCUGGAAUGCACUGGUGGUGUCUUUGGUUCUGUUUGGUGUAAAGUAGAGGAUGUGGUUCAUCUCUUGUUUUGUCCACAGUCUGUCCUCUGGAGCAUGUGACGGAGAAAACAACAACAACAAAACAUUAAUUAAUGUUAAUGAAGACUUUUAAGAUGAUAAAAAUUGUAUAGCUGUCACUCAAAAGUAAGUAUGCCAUUGGAAUGUGUUGACUCAUUUUUUUAUAUAUUUUGUAAUAUUUGUUUUAUUUUGAGAAAUGCAUAUAUGUGCAGUGAUGUUUUGUGUAUGGAAAUGAUAUAAAAAUGUAACUGAGGGGG